AUGAAAGAGAUUCAUUCGGCAUUAAGAUAUAAAAAUGCAGAUAUUGCAGCUUUUUCGAAUGAUACACAGCCCGAUGAACAUAGUGACAAUGAGCAUAUAGAUGAAUUUCAGAGUAGUGAUCAUCAGGAGCAGCUUGAAGCCGAAAUAUUCCCUUCAAAUUUCGAUGAAAUAGCUGAAGAGAUAGAAGUUGAAUAUGAUGAUUCUUCACCUGCAACUCCAUCACCAGAAACUCGCCAACAUUCAACAUUGAAAAGUUACUGUCCAACAAGAUGGCACUCACUUUUAAUAAUGAUUAAAUCAAUGAUAAUCAAUCAUCGUGCCAUAAACGAUUCAGUUCAAGAGAUGGAUAGGAGUGAAUUGUGGAUAUCUAAAAAAGAUCUUAUUUUGAUGGAGAAUCUAAGUGACUUCCUGGAGCAGUUCAAAACAGCGGUGGAUAUGUUAAGUUCAGAAAAACAACCAACCAUUAACAAAGCUGCUGUUUUUCGCUGUCAUCUCAAGAGUAUUCUUGACGAUUCUGCAAGUUCGAGCUCAGCAAUUGAUCAGCUGAAAUCUAAGAUGUCAUCUAAUUUCAACAAGCGUUUCCCGCUGACUGAGUUGAUGAUAAUUGCCUCGCUUCUCGACCCAAAGUUCAAAGAUCUUGACGUUAUUUCAGACUGGUGUGAGGAAAAUUUCACAUCUAAAAAAGCUUUGAUUAAAACCUGGUUUCAUAAGCUCAUUAAUGACGAUUCUGGCAUCUCCAACUCUCCAAUAAUGCCAGUUACAGAUGGAACACAAUUGGCGCACAAAUUUUCGACUAAUACAAACACAAUGACCAGCUUUGACCUAGAAAUAGAUUCAUAUUUGCUCGCUCGUGAUACAAAAGACUUGCUAGAAUUCUGGGAUGAGCGAAAAUCAGCCUGGCCAAGUUUAUAUAAACUUGCUUUAGCAGUCCUAGCAGUUCCUGCCACAAGUGUUCCCGUCGAAAGAUUGUUUUCGAUUGCAGGUCUUACUUUGAAUAAAAAACGGAGUCAACUACAUCCCGAAAGAUUGAGUAAAAUAUGUUUUAUUCAUGACAACUUCAACUUUGUAUCAAAAAAUUGUGAAGAUUUUGAUUAUUAA